AUGACCCGUGGGGUCCUCGACAUUCUAACGGUGGUUGACCACAGCUUGAUUGAGCGAUGCAUCAAGUGGGUUAAGCGCGAGAUCCGACAGCGCUGCGACGUCGCUGGAAUUGCGUACUCUAAAGCUAAAUGGCGAGGAUUUUGGGGUUAUUUUCAACGGACGUGGCUGGAGCAGUACGACCGUCUGGCUGACGUUCCACGCGGGCGCGCGCGCCGUACUACACGCGAACGUAUUCAGCUGCCCGUACCCGUUGAUCUACCGGACGACAUCCCCGAUGACUCGGACGACGACACGCUUGCGGUUACCGAGCUGCCGUCGGACAGCUCGUCGGAUGAGGAG